AUGGUUCUGGCCAUUGAUCGAAGGGCUUUGAACAACGCAGAGUCGUAUCCUGUUCAACCAUUCCUCUUCUUCGGUGUCGGAACUUCCGGCAGCCAAAAGCAAAAUACGUUGAUGUAUCCCCAUCAAGUGAGUUCUCGCGGCGCCACUUUACCCAGUCGUGUCUCUUUGUUGUCAUGGAAAGACGACGGUUGA